AUGUCUAAUGUCAUAGUUAUAUGUCAACAGUUGUUAUAUUGUUAAUUUUUGUGUUUAUCAUUUCGUUUUCCCUCUUUUUAUUUAAAUGCCAUUGAUUUGCAAUGGAGACAAUGAGGAACUAUUGGAAAUCGACGAUAGUGCUGUGGAAUUUCAGAGGAAAAAGAGAAGUCUAUCCACAGAGGAGACAUUUCGCGGCUUCGAAAAAGUGCCUCUGGUACUUUGUCAGCGAAUUGAUAUAACUCCUUAUAUAAAUAAACAUCAACAUCCCAAGGCGCCCGACUUGAAAGAUAAUAUGAGGCAGGUGCAAAACUCGAAUAAAUGCGACAUGAGCAAAAUAUUUACAGAUUGUUCGGUAGUUUUAGUGAGGGAGGAUCUUAGCCGUUUAAAGGAAAUGCUCAGUCAACAGAACGAGAAUAUUAAAUGCAGGAUAUGCGACAAGGGUUAUCCCAGCGAGAGGAAACUCAACAACCACCUGGAGAACAAACACAUGACAGUGAAGACUCCCAAACGGGUCUCCUUCUCCGAACACAUAAUAGUUCACGAAGUUGAAGAGUACCAUCGAUGUAGGAAGUGCCCGAAGAUAUUUAAAGACUACAACACCCUAAAGGUCCACAUGCGACAGAACCACAAGAAACGGAAAUGUUACAUCUGUCACUAUUGUAAUAAAGACUUUGUGGACAGAACCUUCUUUAAGGUUCACAUUAAACUGCACUGCGACGCCUGUGGGCUGUUGCUACCAAAUAAAAAGUUAUAUCUGGAGCAUAGAGAGAAAGUGUGCAGAGUGGUCAAGAAGUACGAGUGUAAGACCUGUGUGAAACACUUCUUCCGCUUCAUGGACCUGAAGGACCAUAGCUACGAACACCUGGGAACCUUCUUCAUAUGUGAUGUGUGCAAGCAGCUGUUCCAUAACAAAUGUGAAGUGGCGCACCACAUCAUGUACUCACAUUCAAAGGAACGUCCAACAUCCAGCUACACGGAAGCAUCGGGUUCCUUUACAUGUUUCUUCUGCAAUACGAGCUUUAAUUCCCUGGAAGGUAUAGAAAAGCAUGUCGGUGAGUUGCCGGACUUGCAAAAUACAGCGACCACUUAUUAUAAUGAUUAUCAUUUCUGUGAUCAAUGCAGUAGGAAGUUCGAUGUGGAGUCCGACAUGCUCCAACAUAAAUGGUCACACUUCCUCAAGAGCACUGAGAACUCACAAACACAGGAAGAUAAUGAUUUAAUACCUGAUAACAGCACUCGGUUAAAAACGACUUAUAAAUUGGGAGAAGAAAUACCUCUGAGUCUGCAACCUAAGUUGGUUCUCGAGAGGAUAGAACUUCCUAAGAGAGCCAAGAUGAAGAAGUUACCGAGUCGGCCGGAGAGUUUCAUAGGUGUGACCAAUGCAUCGAUAGGAACAUUAAAGAAACCCAUCAUAGACCCCGUCACCAAGAAGACCAUACUGUCAAAACAUAAAUGCGAGAAAUGUGGCAAGUACCUGUCAUCCAACUACUGUUUGACACGACACAUGAGAGAAGUCCACGGCAUCGGCAAAGUAACAUAUGACGAGGAUCUCCAGUGUUACUUGUGCGAGGAAGUUUUUUUCUGGCCCUCGCUGCUCCACAACCAUCGCUGCAUAAGAAGCAAAAUACCAGAGAUGCCAUUUGAUGAUGCUCGUCCUGAGAUACACUUUGAUAAUUACGAGGAGUCCCUUCACAAUGAUAACGAGGACUUCAUGAACAUGGACUAUGAGAUGGCAUCACCAAUAGUUCAGUUGACGGAGUAUGAAAAUCUAAAUAUUGUGGUCAACAAUGGGAACGGUCGGCUGGAUGUUAUAGACAAUGAGAAGAACCAGAUGAACAGGUUAGGGUUCAAAGUGGUGAUGCAGGAAGUGCCCAUUGAGUUCUAGAUCGGAGCUAUAACAAUGAACAUUAUAAAUUGUAUGUGUUAUAGAUAUUUAGGAAUUCUUAUAAUGGAAAACCCUAUUUUUGGCUGUUAAAUAAUAAAAAAUAUCAAACCAUGUCAGUUUAAGAGAUAUCCAGAGAUAUCCGGAGAUAUCUGGAGAUAAACAACAAAGUGUUAUUGAUUUUGAAUGUUAUUUUAAAAAUUCAAUAUAAAAUUGUUAGUGUUCAGUGAAUAUACAACGUAUGAAACACUCAUAAUACAUUAUUUUAUUCCAUCAAGUAGUGACACUUCAAUCAUUGGCGGUAAAGUGUAAGUGACUUAGACUUGAAAAGAAAAACAGAGACUUGUGCAAGAAUAAUCUCAUUCACUGCUUUUAAAAUUCAAAACUCCUGACAAUUUUUUUUAUAUCGUGACGAUGUAAAAAGUUAUUAUAAUUUAACACUAUACCGACCUACUAGGCAUCUUGUCAUGAACGGAGACAGCGGCUUGCGUGCUACUUUUAUAGUACAUCUGUAUAUAUUUCUUCUUUUUGGAAGACACGUUGUGUUCAUGAUUACACGUAAUUACUAAAUUAA